UCUCGCGGACGAUGCAAUCGCUGUGACCUGAGACUCUGUAGUCUAUUGCGAAUACGAUUUGGAUAGCCAGCAAGCGAGAUAUUCAUUAUUGAAGAAAAGAGACUGAGAAAGAGGAAGAGGCUGGGCCUUUUGGAUAUUCGCCCCACACGACAUACGAGAGAGCCAGGCUGCUGCAACCGAAGAAGAAUAUUUCAAAGCGACGUUGGAAUCAUCUGUAUUUUCUGAUCUACGAUUCCCUCUAUACGAACGUUUCAAACGUCUAUCCGAUACCUCUGAAUCGAAGCGAUCCGCGAAGAAAGGCCUGAGCUUUGAGACAGCCUCGAUUAUCACGCCAAGCCGAUCGUCUUAAUUCAUACGAGAGAGCUACUUGCAUACACCUGCACAUCUAUACACAUACACACAACAUGCGGCUGUCACUACUUCUCGCCCUCGCCUUGACGGCUCUCGUCGAAGCCCACAGCGUCCUCGUCUAUCCCGGAACGCGAGGCAACAACCUCAUCACCAACGACACCUUCCCCUACGGCAUGCAGUGGAUGUACCCAUGCGGCGGCUUAGGAACCUCCAGAAACCGCACGUACUGGCCCACCACCGGCGGCGCCGUUUCCUUCCAGCCAGGCUGGUUCCGCGGCCACCUCCAGGCCCAGCUCCAGAUCAACCUCGGAUACGGCACCGACGGACCCGACGGCGGCCCGCCAAACAUGUCCAACAUUAUGCUCAAGCCGUUUAUGCUCUUGGGGCCGUCGAACAACCCUUACCCGGGAACUGUGUGCCUGCCUCAGGUGCCGCUUCCUGCUGGGGCGAUUGUCAAGGCGGGCGACAUGGCGACGAUUCAGGUUGUUGAGCUGGCUCAGCAUGGCGCGGCUCUUUACUCUUGCGUCGACAUCGUCUUUGCCGAACCCGGCGACCCCCGCAUCCCCAUCGUCAACGAGACAAACUGCUUCAACUCGACGCAAUUCGGCUUCGCCCAGAUCUACACCGUCACCACAACAAACCCCGUCCUCGACGUUGUCGCCUCAACAACCUCCUCGGCUAUUUCGCUGCUUCGCAAUGGCUGGGCGGGAUGGCUGCCGCUGGCUAUUGGGGCGAUAGGCCUGGCUAUAUGGUAAGAGAAAGGAAGCUUAAGCGAUUGGCGCAAGAUGGUAGAGCGUCGCGACCUUUUCAUUAUUGAUUUUUACGGCCUUUUUUUUUUUUUUUUGUGGUUUGCAUAAUUCAUUAUAUACCCCUGGAUUCUCGCUCUGUUGACGAGGGUUGGUGCCAUUUCUGCUUAAUUUCUUGUCAAUCUCUCGGUCUCAUGGCGUGGGAACAGGACAAUGGCGUUUUUGGUGUUUAAGAAAAUCGGAGGAACAAGACAUCUAUUACUCAUGUAUACAUAGAUAUUUAUUUAUACAUGUUCAUUACUGUUACUUUGAUUGCAUAUGGCCUUGGCGUUAUCUAAAAAUAUGUUUGGAACAACGCGAUUUGUCCCCACGUUGCCAACUGUUGUAUUUACUAUGCAUGCUUCAAGUUAAAACUAGAUUUCAUUAUCGUGCUUCAUGUCUAUUCAUGUCCUUUCUUUUGUCUUCCCUUGCCCUUGUGUGUAUCCGCCUUGUGUAUCGCUGCGCCUAUCGCGAAAUUACCUUUAAACAUUCGCGCGCAACUCCCUUGAUUCUUUCUUCCGAGCUCUUGGUCGCCGCGCCUUCUAUCCAUGCUGCAUUGCCCAGGCUCUUGGCUUCGUCCUUUGAUGUCGACAAGAUGGUUCCAAGCGCCACCAAAGCACGGUACAGCACUUCGGAGUCUGUCUGGUCAUUGAGGAUUGCGCCAAGCACAGCAACCAGCCGUCGUCGCUGCUCGGGACUCAGCAGCUUCUCCUUAUUCACAAGGACAGAGUAGUUGACAGCCACGGUUGUCACCGCAACCAGCACGUUUCGAUUGAACUUGCCAAUCGGCUCCCCGCCCUUGAUCCCCAAUAUGCGCUCCAAGAAAGAGAUGGCCUUAUCUGCGUGAGAUUUCGCAAGGCUUCGGCCGUCGGCGGAGCCAAACAGAUUGGCAAGUGUUCGAGCGCCCAUCAUGGCCGCAUUAUCAUUGGGAGGGAAGUCAUCGGGAAUGGCCGAUGCUGUGGCUAUAUCUACAAGGGUUUCGUUUUCUGGGCCUUGAAACUGUGCUGCAAUAGGAAAUCUAGCCACACAGCGGAGCAGAUCGAGACCGGCUAGUCGAUCAGCGUAUGGCCACUCGGUAACAACCUUGAGAAUCACGUUCAAUGUUGGAAGCGAGAUGGGCUUUGAUGCAUCCAGUGCUUCUCUGGACGAGUGCAGAACACUCUCCUCUCCAGGGUUAAGAGCCACGUCUUUGCGGCCCGACGCCACCAUGGUCUUGUUGACGUUGCCAAUUUU